AUGCCACAUUUUGUUAACAGAGACCAAAUUUUUGCGCAUCAGGUGCACCUUCUGGAGCACAAACUCCGGAGUAAAGAAGAGCGGAUUUUAGAGCUGGAGACAGAGAACGCUCUUCUUCACCUGAGGCUUGCUGAGUGUAUGGGAAAACUUCGACGUGAUCACGAGGAGGAUGUGAUUGUGGCAAAGAGACACUGUCAACACCAGGGAAAUGUGCAAAAGAGUACUCUUGUUCCCCUGGCCAAACUCCUCUCACAUGUCCAGGCUCUGAAAAAAGAUUUGAGGGAUGUGUUUGCUGUAUGCAUGGGCUUUGCUACAGAGCUGGAGAACCAGCACAAACAGCUGUUGGAGUGGAUUGGCAUCAUCAGCACAGCUGUCCAGGGUGACCAGAGUGAUGACACCCAGAGGCUCCAGGCUCAGGUGGCGUCUCUGGAGCGCUCCCUGCAAGAGGAAAAGGAGAGGCAUGGAUCCGAGCGGUUGAGGAGGAAGCAGAUACACAACACAUUAAUUGAGUUGAGGGGUAAUAUUAGAGUGCACUGCAGGGUGCGGCCCAUCCUGCCUUUUGACCACAUCCAAGGUUGUUUUUCCACUAAUGGACCCUCAUCAUCAGAGGUGGUGGUGCAGGCUGUUAGUGAUGACUCUGUUCUUGUGAAUUUUGCCAAACCUGGGAUUCCACUAAUAAACAAAAUGUUUGAAUUUGAGAGGGUACACGGUCCAGAGGACUCACAGGAUGGUGUGUUUGAAGAAAUUAAGCCUCUCUUAACUUCUUUGUUGGAUGGGUAUAACGUGUGCAUCAUGGCAUAUGGACAGACAGGCAGUGGAAAGACGCAUACAAUGAUCGGAUCUCAAAAUGAUGAUCCCAAACAUCCUGAACGGGACUCGCAGGAAGGAAUCAUCCCCAAAGCAGCUAAUGAGUUAUUCAAGUUGAUCUCUGAGAAGCCAGCAGAAAGACACACAGUGGAGGUUUCCAUGGUGGAGGUUUAUAAUAACGAGCUGCUGGACCUUUUGGCCAAAGACGACGAUGGAGCCGCCGUGGGAGUUAAGAGAGAAGUCAUCACGACCAGCACAGGGACUAGUGAAGUCCCCUGUCUUAUGUAUGAGUUGGUUCACAGCCCUGAAGAGGUGAUGCAGCUGCUCAGUGCGGUGUUGAGACUGAGGGCUCACAAUCCCACGUUAGUGCAUGGAGACUCUUCCAGAUCCCACCUUAUUGUCACUCUCACUGUCACAUCCAUGAACCCCAACCCUCAGGCACUAGCUCAAAGGUUGCAGAAUACAAGGCAGAAUGUUCAGCGUGGACCACAGAAACAGUGGUGGAGCCCCCGCUGCCCCAGAGCUGCCUCCUCUCGCUUCUCCAGCUCGGGAUCUUGCGCUCAGUCUGCCCCCUGCCCUUCACCGUGCCUCCCUUCUUUGUAUGUCACACCCCAGGAACCUCUCAGAACAAAGCUGCAGCUGGUGGACCUGGCAGGCAGUGAGUGUGCUGGCACAUCUGGGCUCAGUGGAGCAGCUCUGUGGGAGAGCUCCUGUAUAAACCGCAGUCUCUCUGCUUUAUCUGAUGUUCUGAGAGCUCUGGCAGAGCAACGUCCCCAUGUUCCCUACCGGAACAGCAAACUUACCCACCUUCUACAGGACUCCAUAGGAGGCGACGCUAAGCUGCUGGUGAUGCUCUGUGUGUCUCCCACUCAGCACUUUCUGUCAGAGACUCUGCAGUCUUUGGGCUUCGGCUACAGAGCCAGACAGAUUCAGAGACACACGCCACACGGGAAGAAUGCUGGACUGAAGAGGAAGUAAACCAGCAGACUAGUAAAAGAGCACAGAGUGUAAAAUCUGACAUCUGAGA